UCACAAACUCAAGCAUUAGCACCAACAAGCUCUGAGCAUCAUCAGUCUCUGGAAAGCCUUCUGAAUUAGACAAGGGCUGCCUCUCAGCACAGCUACAAAACACUUUAAACCUGACCAGCUAAAUGGAUAAACCUAGCCUGCAUAGCUUUUAAACUGGGGUCUCAUACAGCACAGGAGGCCUACUUGCUAGAAGAACUGAAAAUCCAGAGGAUGAAUUGCUUUAUCUGGGAAUGGCAAAAGCCAGCACAAUAAGGAAUGUCAGGUAUUCUGAAGAUUUUCUUUUCUUUUCUUUUUUUCCUCUCUUUUAACAGAGAAGUUGGUUACCUUCGAGAUGGGCUGUAGCUCUUUUGCACAGAUUGCCAAUUACUGCUGAUGGGUCUCUGGUGAAUUACACAAUGAUGUUCAGAGCCUAGAGGCCCUCCCCCACCCCCCCAACUGCUUCCUUCUCCCUGACCCCCAUCCCACCCCAUGCUAAUUUUUUUUCACAUAUGUAUAUAUAUAUGCAUUUUUGCCCGUCCUCUCCGGGGAAGUUUGUAUGGGUCUAGUAGCUCACAUGCGAGAUCAGAAUGGUGUGAAUGACAGCCGCACUGUGUCAUGAAGGUGGUGGUGGUUUCAGCACGGGAGACCGAAUAAGAAGAAAGCUGAGAGAGGGGGGAACCGUUUUGGAUGACAAAGGAUGGGUUUCCAUUUAAUUACGCAGCUGAGAGGCAUGCGUGUGGUGCUAGUGCUACUUCCUACGUUGCUGCUUGUUAUGCUCACAGGGGCUCAGAGAGCUUGCCCAAAGAACUGCAGAUGUGAUGGCAAAAUUGUGUACUGUGAGUCUCAUGCUUUCGCAGAUAUCCCUGAGAACAUUUCUGGAGGGUCACAAGGCUUAUCAUUAAGGUUCAACAGCAUUCAGAAACUCAAAUCCAAUCAGUUUGCCAGCCUUAACCAGCUUAUAUGGCUUUAUCUUGACCAUAAUUACAUUAGCUCUGUGGAUGAAGAUGCAUUUCAAGGGAUCCGUAGACUGAAAGAAUUAAUUCUAAGCUCCAACAAAAUUACCUAUCUGCACAAUAAAACAUUUCACCCAGUUCCCAAUCUCCGCAGUCUGGACCUCUCUUACAAUAAACUUCAGACAUUGCAAUCUGAGCAAUUUAAAGGCCUUCGGAAACUCAUCAUUUUGCACUUGAGAUCUAACUCGUUAAAGACGGUGCCAAUCAGAGUUUUCCAAGACUGUCGAAAUCUUGACUUUCUGGAUUUGGGUUACAAUCGUCUUCGAAGCUUGUCCCGAAAUGCUUUCGCCGGCCUCUUGAAGUUAAAAGAGCUCCACUUGGAGCACAAUCAGUUUUCCAAGAUCAACUUUGCUCAUUUUCCACGUCUCUUCAACCUCCGCUCAAUUUACCUACAAUGGAACAGGAUCCGCUCCAUUAGCCAAGGCUUGACGUGGACUUGGAGUUCCUUACACAACUUGGAUUUAUCAGGGAAUGAUAUCCAAGGAAUUGAGCCGGGCACAUUUAAAUGUCUGCCCAAUUUGCAGAAAUUGAAUUUGGAUUCCAACAAGCUUACCAAUAUCUCACAGGAAACUGUCAAUGCAUGGAUAUCCUUAAUAUCCAUCACUUUGUCUGGGAAUAUGUGGGAAUGCACUCGGAGCAUUUGUCCUCUGUUUUAUUGGCUUAAGAAUUUCAAAGGAAAUAAAGAAAGCACCAUGAUAUGUGCAGGACCUAAGCACAUCCAGGGUGAAAAGGUUAGUGAUGCAGUGGAAACAUAUAAUAUCUGCUCUGAAGUCCAGGUGGUCAACACAGAAAAAUCACACCUGGUGCCCCAAAGUCCCCAGAAACCUCUCAUUAUCCCUAAACCUACAACCUUCAAAUCUGACCUCACCCAGCCCACCCUUGAAAUACCAAGCCCUUCCCCAGGAUUUCAGAUUCCUGGCACAGAGCAAGAGUAUGAGCAUGUUUCAUUUCACAAAAUCAUUGCAGGGAGUGUGGCUCUCUUUCUCUCAGUGGCCAUGAUCCUCUUGGUAAUCUAUGUGUCUUGGAAACGCUACCCAGCCAGCAUGAAACAACUUCAGCAACACUCUCUUAUGAAGAGGCGGCGAAAAAAGACCAGAGAGUCUGAAAGACAAAUGAAUUCCCCUUUACAGGAGUAUUAUGUGGACUACAAGCCUACAAACUCUGAGACCAUGGAUAUAUCGGUUAAUGGAUCUGGGCCCUGCACAUAUACCAUCUCUGGCUCCAGGGAAUGUGAGGUAUGAACCAUGAUCCUCCUAAAAGCAUUUCUACUGCGGGGAAGGAGAGGUAAAUGUUUGAAGCUCUAGAGGUGUCUCUAAUCACUAGAAAGAUUAAUGACCCUUUUGCUUUUGGGUUUUGCUCAGUGUGAAAGGUUACUUAAUUAAAUUACAACCACCAGGAAAUUGACUGCUUUUCUUUUUUCCUUAAUGGUUGAAACUUGAAGGAAGUUCAUUCAAGGAUGAGAUUAAGUUGGAAUAAAGCACUAUGUUAAAAUAUCUGCUUUUUAACAGUUUGUAUACAGGGGUUGGACUUACACACAUACACACAAACAAAACUCUUUUCAUUCUAAAAUUUAUGUCUGGUUGUUGUUGUUUGACUUUUGUAAUCGAGUAAAGAAGGAGGGGCCAGCUUAAUUUAAAAACAAAGUGAUUUUACCAAAAUUCCAGGAGGUAAUGAAGAUUUAAACCAAAGAGCAAUUUACCCAAGGGUUGAUUUUGUUGUACAUUUUUAGUUUUAAUUAAAGCAUGCAACAGGGAUCCCACAGGGAUAACUGUUUCUGUGUUACUUGCCAUUUAGUUAUUAUACCAGCAUAGAGAAUGUCAGGCCUAUUGUGUAAUUGUAUUAAGAAGUAUAAAAAUGUCUUUCUUCCUCCUUUUCUUCCUUCCCAUCUCCCUCCCUUCCUCCCUUCCUUCCUUUUUUUCCCCUUCUUUCCCUUCCUCCCUCCCUUUUCUUUUCUUCCUUCCUUCUUUCCUUUCUCUUUGUUUAAUUAUUGGACAUAGAUCACUUUUCAAGGGUUUAGUGCUGGCUAUGUGUAUGUAUUAUAUUCCAUGUUUUGGCUUUGUCCCUGGUAACUAAAAUCAGGUCAUGAUGUUGUGGAUGAUUUAGCAAUAACAUAAUGACAGGCCUAACAGGGACUGUUUGUCAGUGUUGCUGUCAUCCCCAAAGACAUAAUGUGUAUUCUUGUUAAACUAAUCCAAAAUUAAGUGAUGCAAAUAUUUAUAAAUAAAAAGAGAGAGAUUUGGGUUCUGAGUAUUUUCCCUUUCUGUAACAGUCACCUCAGAUGAAGGCAUUUCAUGUUAUACAAUUUUCAUUUCCAUGAGAAUAAGUUUGGA